UUUAUAUUACUUGCUGACUCCAUCAUACUCAAUAUUACAUGCCUGGAAACUGGAAAGGCAAACUGCUCAAUUUGAUCUAGAAGAACAGGAAAGGUCGACUCUCCUGGCUUUUUUGUAGCCAAAGGUGAUCAGAGGGAGACGCACCAUCAUGAUGAAAUCUAAAGGAUCCUUUCUCAUCCUCACCGGCUGUCUGCCUUUAGCAGCGUUGUCCUUGACAUGCUACACAUGCAUGUUUCCAGCCAUCUCUCCGCUGGACUGUGUGAAAUUCCCCCAGGAAUGUCCGGUGGGCCAGAGAUGUCUUGCCAGCACAGCUGUAGGAGCAAAAGGGUCAGUGUGCAUCGUCCUGUACGAGCGGAGCUGUGCCCUGCCAUCACAGUGUGACCUGAGAGGAGAGAAACAGGCAGCAGGAGUUUCCUUCAACUACACGAAUGAGUGCUGUGACACGGAUCUCUGCAACACUGCUGCACCCAUCAGCUCCCCCCGCUGGACCGGAGCAGUGCUGAGCCUCUGCGGUCUGGCCCUCCUGCUCCAGCUGGGAUGAGGGAGCUCUUAAUCUAACAGGAGGUGCUCACUACAUUAUCAGCAAAGUCUGAGAUUCAGAAACACCAUGACAUACCAACACCAUCCGUUUGCAACCAAUGCAUCAGCUCAAAUUUUAAAUGCACACAAGACUGAAACUAUAAGUCCAUCUACGCACUUUCUUGCAGACGCCAUGCUUGAAAGGAAGUGCCUGCAACCACACACACACACACACACACACACACAGUGCAUUAAAGCUCAUGAGAAUGAGUCAUGUAGUUACUCAAUGCUCAAAAUAAUGAAACUCUUCUUCUAAACAGUUAAACUGAGUUUAAACAGCUGCUAAAUCUGACAGCUAAUUUGCUUUGUCUUAUUUUUUUGGUUGCUG